GGAAAGUAUCAAGAGGAAGGGAAAAUGUAUAAACAAAUGAUGGGUACUCUGUCUCACGGGUGAUUCCAGAGAUUGCUCCGUGUCCAUUCUCGUGUCUUCAAGUUCCAUGCAAGUCAAAGCCGAAGCCUCUUUUGGUUCUCUCCCCGCAAAAACAAGCUUUGCAAAACCACCCCUCUGUCUCUGGCUCUGUCUGUCUCUGUCUCUGUGACAUGACAUGCAUGAUGCAAGCUGGAAUCCAAUAAGAAAUUCCCGAGGUGGCUCCUCUUCCUCGGAUGAGUUUGUUUGUCACGUGUUUCGCAUGUGAAGAGACCCCAGAUUUGCAAAAUGCACGACAUGGAUCCGUAACUAAGAUUUGGAAAGAAAAAAACAUAAGGGGGCCAAAUAUUUCUGUCCCUGUGCCGGAAAGGUAGUUUCUUGCGAUGUGGUCGGUGACCAAAAUUUGGCAGUUCUCUAAAUAUCUGCAUUACAGCCCAUUGAAGGCAACUCUUCUAUCGUCAACUUAUCUACUUCUGUUCUCUCCAGUUCAUCACACAAUGUGCCAUCGGAUCAGGCCAAAGGGCCAUUUUUUUGGCAUCUUUUUUCUUUUUGGUUAACUUCAUUAAUCACACACUCUGGCAUUGGCUCGAGCCAUUUAUAUUACCAACGCCCCCAAUCAAACUUCCUCCUCUUCUUAUGCAGUGCACGUAUAUUGAUUUGGAAAACAAUCUCUCUCUCUCUCUCUCUCUCUCUCUCUCAAGUGAAGAGUGAAGAGUGCAGUCAAGAUUCAGUGCAGAGACAGAGAUGGCUCCAGGGUGUCAGAGAAUUGUGUUGGCUAUCUUGGUUGCCAUUUCUCUGGCACUCGACUCGUGUGUUAGUUCUGCAGGAGCAGGUCUGCUGCAGGGCGAGGGUGCAACUGGAGUGAAGGGUAAGAAACAAGAGCCGGAGGAGAACUGUAACGUGUAUGAAGGGAGUUGGGCAUAUGACCCUUCUUACCCUCUGUAUGACCCCUCGGCCUGCCCUUUCGUUCGCAAGGAGUUCGACUGCUUCAAGUACGGCCGACCCGAUCGGCUCUACCUUAAGUAUAGAUGGCAGCCCAAUGGCUGUGACUUGCCUAGAUUCGAUGCUCAAGGUUUCCUAUCAAGGUUUCAGGGCAAGAAGAUAAUGUACAUUGGAGACUCCUUAAGCCUAAACAACUGGCAAUCUUUGAUAUGCUUGCUUCAUGCUGGCGCACCGAAUUCCAGUAUCUCGCAGGAGACGGAGGGCUCAAUUUCUACAGUCACAUUUCAGGACUAUGGAGUAUCCGUAAUGCUAUUUCACUCUCUAUACAUGGUCGACAUUGAAGUGGAAAGCAUCGGUAGAGUUUUGAAGCUAGAUUCGCUUAAGAACGGUGGUUUAUGGAAGGACAUGGAUGUGUUGAUCUUCAAUACUUGGCAAUGGUGGUACCGGAGAGGAGAUAAGCAGCAAUGGGAUUACAUUCAAGAAGGUGAUCGCACAUACAGAGACAUGGAUCGGAUGGUCGCAUUUCGCAAAGCAUUGACGACGUGGGCGAAGUGGGUGGACUCGGAUGUAGACACGAUUAAAACUAGAGUCUUCUUUCAAGGAAUUUCACCCUCUCACUACAACGGGACAGAAUGGUACGAGCCAGGAGUGAAGGACUGUUCGAAGGAGAAGCUACCGAUGACUGGAUCGACAUACCCAGCUGGGUUGCCGGCUGCAGCAUACGUGGUGAAAGAAGUGAUAAGUAGCAUCAGAAAACCUGUUCAUUUGCUGGACAUUACCACUCUUUCUCAGCUGAGGAAAGAUGCACAUCCUAGCACUUACACUGGUCUCCACGUUAUGGACUGCACACACUGGUGUAUUGCAGGACUUCCAGAUACAUGGAACGAACUCCUAUCCGUGGCGCUUGCUGCUUGAACAGAAACACAAUGCAAACAUGAGAACUGAGAUUAGAUGAUGGAAUCAGGGGUAGCCAGAUUGAUCCGACCCAUUGAUGGGACGAAUAUGUCCUCUCCAAAUAAGAAUAAUGCUCAUUCUUUUC